AGUAUCUUUCACUCUCAAUCCCUUCUUCAUCCUAAUACAUUGGAUACUUAGAUGAAACUGCAACAAGGGUCGUCAUUUGACCUUUUGGGAGAGAAGCUAUGGAUCGUUCCCAGUCUCUUACGAAGAACUUCUGCAAUAAAAUUCCUCGCCUCGAGAACCACGGCCACAAAAUAGAAAAAUUUUCAAAACAGCUACAUCACCCCUGCGAUGUCUUCAUAAACCAUCGAGGAAUUGAUACCAGAAGAACCAUUUCUGGGUUGCUCCACAACCAUCUUUACCGCCUACGGCUCAACCCGUUUUUGGAUAGCAAGAACAUGAAGCCCGGUGAUCGGCUGUUCGACAAAAUCGAUGAUGCUGUUCGACACUGCAAGGUCGGUGUUGCUGUCUUUUCACCGCAUUAUUGUGAAUCAUACUUCUGUCUACACGAGCUGGCUCUGAUGAUGGAAACUAGGAAGAGGGUCAUUCCAAUCUUCUGCGACAUGAAGCCGUCUCAGCUCCAGGUUAAGGACAACGGGUCUCGCACGGUAACGGAGUUGCAGCGGUUCGGGCGGGCCCUCGAGGAGGCAAGAUACACCGUCGGUCUCCCAUUUGACACAUUAAAAGGGGAUUGGUCGGAAUUCUUGACGAAGGCUACAGAUGCAGUGCUGAAGAACUUGUUGGAGGUUAAUGGGAUUGAAGAAGUAGAGUACAUACGGAUUAUGAAGCUGAUGUAUGUGAGGAAUCCAAAAGCAUAUUGCUCAAUAUCAAGGCGAUGUAUAUGAGUUAAUUGGACAGAUUAUAUUUAUAGGUCACAUUAACUUUGACAUUUUUCUGUCAAGUUAAUUAGGAUAUUUGAAAAUAUUAGUAUCAAUAAUAUUAUAGUUACAAU